AUGGCGGCGAUAUCAUUCGGCGGCAACAACCAUGGGCUCCAGAUUGGAGAUAACCGUGGCUCGAUCAAAGCAGAAUUUUACCUGCCUCAGGAAACUCCUCCUAGCCCUCUGUCGACUGUCCCGUUCACGCGCGAUCCAGACUUUGUCAGACGAAAUACGCUACUUGAUCGUAUUCACGAGAAAAGCUCAGUGCUAGGGUCGAGAAUAGCGCUGGUCGGCCUUGGCGGUGUCGGGAAAUCGCAACUUGCCAUCGAAUACUCCUAUCAAGUUCGAUCCAAAUCGCCGGCAACAUGGGUUUUCUGGGUUCAUGCGAGUAACGAAGCCCGGUUCGAGCAAAGUUUCCGGGAUAUCGCAGACCAGGUGAAAAUUUCAGGUCGUCAGGAUCCUCAAGUUAACAUAUUCAAACUGGUUGAGAACUGGCUCCGGGACGAGAAGAUAGGGAAAUGGGUUUGCAUUCUUGAUAAUGUCGAUGACGAUAAGUUCCUUUGCUCGCUUCCGACGGCAGGUAGAGGAGAUCUAACGACAGGCCUAACGAGCGCCUCUACAAAGCCACUGCUGGAAUAUGUCCCUAGGAGCCGCAAUGGUUCUAUCAUUAUUACGAGUCGGGCUAAAGAAGUUGCGUUGAAAUUAGUCGAUCACAAGGGCCUUAUUGAAGUUAAGCCGAUGGAACAAUCUGAGGCGCUAGAGCUCCUCCAAAGAAAGCUUGAACAACCAGGGGAGAGCCAAGAGAGACGACAGUUAGUGAAUGCAUUAGAGUUUAUGCCGCUAGCGAUUGUACAGGCCGCUAGCUAUAUUCGAAAUCGGGCGCCUCGCUAUUCGGUAUCAGAAUAUCUAGGAGACUUCCAAAGAAAUGACCAUGAAGCGAUAAGGCUUCUAAAAAAGGAGGCUGGCCAUCUCUAUCGGGAUUGGGAAGCAAAGAAUUCGAUUCUAGUGACGUGGCAGAUAUCUUUCGAUUAUAUGCGCCACACAAAGCCGUCUGCAGCUAAGUUGCUUUCUCUUAUGAGUUUUUUCGAUCGGCAAGGAAUACCAGAGAGCCUUAUACGGCACCAACCGAAGGCCAAUUGCACAUCAAGUUCAGAGCCCCUGAACGACUCUAGUGGCGGGGAGCCAUCAUCUGAAUCCGAUGUAGGCCCUGAUUUUGAAGAUGAUAUUAUGACACUGAGGGAUUAUUCAUUUAUAUCCAUCAGUGAGAACAGCUCUUUCUUUACGAUGCACCGGCUAGUGCAACUGACUACGCAUGCGUGGUUAAAACUUCAUGGACAAAUCGUCCAUUGGCGGGAGAAAUUCAUUAACAACCUGUUUGAAGAGUUUCCCACCGGCCAAUACGAAAACUGGGAGAGAUGUAGGACACUGUUUCCUCAUGUCAAAGCUGCAAUGUCACAACGGCCAUCAUCAUGUGAGUGUCUACAACGAUGGGCUACAUUACUCCAUAGAGGUGCAUGGUAUGCGUCCGAAUGUGGUAACAUCACAGACGUAAGAGAAAUGGCAUCAAAAUCAAGAGAGCAAAGGAUCAAAAUAUUAGGCGGAGAACAUCAAGAAGCCCUUUAUAGCACUGCGAUGUUGGCGAAAGGAUAUUGGCUCGAAGGACGGUGGGAAGAGGCCGAGCAGCUAGACGUGCAGGUGUUAGAGACUCGCAAGACGAAGCUUGGCGAAGACCAUCUUGACACGCUGACGAGUAUGGCUAGCCUGGCAUCGACGUACUGGAACCAGGGCCGAUGGAAAGAGGCCGAGCAGCUUUUCGUUCAGGUGUUAGAGACACGCAAGACGAAGCUCGGGGAGGACCAUCCCGAGACGCUGACGAUUAUGGCCAACCUGGCAUCGACGUACCAGAGCCAGGGACGGUGGGAAGAGGCUGAGCAACUCGAGGUGGAAGUGUUGGAGACUCGCAAGACGAAGCUCGGCAAGGACUAUCCCGAGACGCUGACUAGUAUAGCCAACCUGGCAUCGACGUACCGCAACCAAGGCCGGUGGGGAGAGGCUGAGCAACUCGAGGUGGAAGUGUUGGAGACUCGCAAGACGAAGCUCGGCAAGGACCAUCCCAACACGCUGUCCAGUAUGGCCAACCUGGCAUCGACAUACUCGAAGCAGGGUCGGUGGGAAGAGGCUAAGCAGCUCGACGUGGAAGUAUUAAAGACACGCAAGACGAAGCUCGGACAGGACCAUCCUGAUACGCUGUCGAGUAUGGCCAACCUGGCAUCGACGUACUGGAAGCAGGGCCGGUGGGAAGAGGCUGAGCAGCUCGACGUGGAAGUAUUAGAAACUCGCAAGACGAAGCUCGGCGAGGGCCAUCCAGAUACGCUAUCGAGUAUGGCGAACUUAGCAUCGACGUACUGGAAGCAGGGUCGGUGGGAAGAGGCUGAGCAGCUCGACGUGGAAGUAUUAGAAACUCGCAAGACGAAGCUCGGCGAGGGCCAUCCAGAUACGCUAUCGAGUAUGGCGAACUUAGCAUCGACGUACCGCAACCAAGGCCGGUGGGAAGAGGCCGAGCAGCUUUUCGUGCAGGUGUUAGAGAGUCGUAAGACGAAGCUUGGCGAGGACCAUCCCAACACGCUGACGAGUAUGGCCAACCUAGCGUCAACGUACCGCUACCAAGGCCGGUGCGAAGAGGCCGAGCAGCUCGACGUGGAAGUAUUAGAGACUCGCAAGACGAAGCUCGGCGAGGGCCAUCCAGAUACGCUGUCGAGUAUGGCCAACCUGGCAUCGACGUACCAGAACCAAGGCCGGUGGGAAGAGGCCGAGCAACUUCAGGUGCAUCUAAUGGAGAUGAGCAAGACGAAGCUCGGCGUGGACCAUCUCGAUACGCUAACGAGCAUGGCUAAUCUUAAUUUCACCUAG